AGUCUCGCAGUUUUGAUUGAGAUUUCCACCUGUGAACAUCACAAAAUCCCAAUUAGAAAAGCGUUCUUUUCCAAAAACACGUUAAAAAAAGUGACCCAAAACACGCAGAAGCUCUAUUUUUUGCUUAGUGGUUUUCACUCCUCAAAGAAAAAGGACCGACACACGCAAGGGAAAAUGAAUGAAAAGAGAUUCCUGUUUCUUCUUACGCUGGGUGUUUUUGUAGCCGUACUGAGUGAGCAAAUAUUUGCAACUCCAACGAUUGGUAAGAAGUAUGAUGUGAUGGGAAGCUAUGACUUCAUUGGCGUUUGCAUAAGAAAUUGUGCUCAAUGCAAGAAGAUGUUCGGUUCGUACUUCGAGGGGCAAAUGUGUGCGGAUGCGUGUGUAAAGUUCAAGGGGAAGAUAAUACCGGACUGCGAGGACAUUGGUUCAAUUGCGCCCUUCCUCACCAAAUUGGACUGAAAUCCAGGAAGAAUUAGGAACAACGGACUGCUUCAUACUGUGCCAUCUCGCAUGUCGCAACAUUCCCUAAGAUAUUAUUUAUUCAGGUCACGAUCAUCUCAAUGAUGGAUUAGUCAUGGGUCUCGUUUUUUUUGUCACUCUCACGAUAUGCAUAAGAAAUUUUUAUGAAAGUGUCCACUCAGAGACACGAAAAGUUCCUAUUUUAUACCGACAAAUCAACAUUGCGUUGGUAUUUAUAUAUAUUUUUUAUUAGAGUUUUUUUCUGUGAGAUUGUAUGAUCAGCAUGAUUGUCAAAUUUUAUAUAAUAAAUAACGAAUUGUGUGCAAUGCUAAAA